CAUGAUUAAAAGAGUAGCAAUGUCUAACUUCCUCAGUUUUUUCAAGCUUUUAUAAAGGAGGGACAGAAAGGUGAAGGAUCAAGUGAGCAAGCAACGAGCAGCUGAGAACUCUUCUUGGACCGCAGUGCUGAAGAGCAGCUUUCGUGAGCAAUGCCCAUGAAAUCAAUGCCAAUGCUUCUUUCCAUCUGACAUCCAAGUUAUACCACUACAUCCCCAUCCUCUGCCCCUGCCUGAGAUCCAUGUGAGAUGAACCAGAGACCUGAGGAGGAGACUUUUCCAGGUUGGCAGGUUGCCAUGGCAUCUGGACCCAAUAUGAUGGCCCCCAUUUGUCUGGUGGAAAACAACAAUAUGCAGCUGUCAGUGAACCAGAGAGCUAUACAGAUUCUUGAACAGAUUUCUCAACCAGUAGUGGUGGUGGCCAUUGUAGGACUGUAUCGUACAGGCAAAUCCUACUUGAUGAAUCGUCUUGCAGGACAGAACAGAGGUUUCCCUCUGGGCUCUACAGUGCAGUCUAAAACCAAGGGCAUCUGGAUGUGGUGUGUGCCUCACCCCUCCAAGCCAAACCACACCCUGGUCCUUCUGGAUACUGAGGGCCUGGGUGAUGUGGAAAAGGGUGACCCUAAGAAUGAUUCCUGGAUCUUUGCCCUGGCUGUGCUUCUGUGCAGCACUUUUGUCUACAACAGCUUGGGCACCAUCAACCACCAGGCCUUGGAGCAGCUGCAUUAUGUGACAGAGCUCACAGAACUAAUCAGGACAAAGUCCUCUCCAAAAGAGGAUGGAACAGAAGAUUCCACAGAGUUUGUGAGUUUCUUUCCAGACUUCAUCUGGACUGUGCGGGAUUUCACCCUGGAGCUGAAGUUAAAUGAUGAUCCUAUCACAGAAGAUGAGUACCUGGAGAAUGCCUUGAAGCUGAUUCCAGGCAAGAAUCCCAGAAUCCAAGCAUCCAAUCUACCCAGAGAGUGCAUCAGGCAUUUCUUUCCAAAACGGAAAUGUUUUGUCUUUGACCGGCCAACAAAUGACACAAAACUCCUAGCCAAUAUUGAGAAUAUACCUGAGAAUCAACUGGAUCCUAAAUUCCAGAAACAAGCAAACAAUUUUUGUUCUUACAUCUUCACCCAGGCAAGGACCAAGACUCUCAGAGAGGGAGUCAUGGUCACCGGGAAUCGGUUGAGAACUCUGGUGGUGACCUAUGUGGAUACCAUCAAUACUGGGGCGGUGCCUUGUUUGGAGAAUGCAGUGACAACUCUAGCCCAGCUUGAGAACUCAGUGGCCGUGCAGAAGGCAGCCGACCACUACAGCGAGCAGAUGGCCCAGCGAGUGAGGUUCCCCACAGACACGCUCCAGGAGCUGCUGGAUGUGCAUGCAGACUGUGAGAGGGAAGCCAUUAGGGUGUUCAUGGAGCGUUCCUUCAAGGAUGAAAAUCAGGAGUUCCAGAAGACUCUUGUGGAAAUCAUAAAGGAUAAGAAGCAACAUUUCUUGCAGCAGAAUGAAGAAGCAUCAGUUAAAUACUGCCAGUCUAUGCUUGAUCAGCUUUCAAAGGCCCUAAUGGAAAAUAUUUCCAUAGGAACUUUUUCUGUUCCUGGAGGGUACAAGCUCUACAGGCAAGCAAAGGAAAGUAUUGAAUGGAAUUAUUCACAAGUUCCCAGGAAAGGAGUGAAGGCAAAUGAGGUCCUCCAGAAUUUUCUACAAUCACAGGCUUCAAUAGAGAAAUCCAUCUGGCAGGCAGAUAAAGCCCUUACCGAUGGGGAGAAGGCCAUAGCAGCGGAGAGGGCCAGCAAGGAAGCAGCUGAGAAGGAACAGGAGGUGCUAAGACAGAAACUACUGGAGCAGGAACAGCAGAUUGAAGCACAACAGAGGAGUCUCCAGGAGAACAUAGCUCAACUGAAAGAGAAGAUGAAGAGAGAGACAGAAAACAUAAUAAAAGAACAGAACAUGAUGUUGGAGCAUAAGCUGAAGGUCCAAGAAGAUCUGCUCAAAGAAGGAUUUAGAAAGAAAUCUGAAGAGAUGGAUGAGGAGAUAAGGCAGUUGAAACAUACGAUUGACAUGACUAAAAAUAAUGAAGCCUCCUGGUUUACACAAGCCUUAGACAGAUUUGGCAGUGAGAUUAUUUCAAUAUUUGCUUCUCCUGUUAGAGUUCUUGAUACUGUUGUGAGAACAGUGAGCUCAAUUUUUAAAAAGAAUUAGCUCUCCUUUUAAAGAAAUUAAAGAAUGUGGCUAUAUACUCUGGCUUA